AUGGCUCAACAAGAAGCUGUAUAUGCAACUGACGAGUAUGGCCGACCGUUCAUCAUCCUCAGGGACCAGGGAAGAAAAACAAGAACUCAUGGUGUAGAGGCAAUUAAAUCGCACAUUCUUGCGGCACGGACAGUAGCAAACAUAAUCCGGACUUCUCUAGGACCUCGAGGCUUGGAUAAAAUCCUCAUAUCACCUGACGGCGAGAUCACUGUGACGAAUGAUGGUGCAACUAUUUUGGGACAGAUGGAGGUCGAGCAUCAAGUUGCAAAGCUCCUUGUGCAGCUGUCCAAAAGCCAAGACGAUGAGAUCGGAGACGGGACCACUGGUGUUGUCGUACUGGCUGGUGCACUUUUGGAGAAGAGCGAGGAUCUGCUGGACCGUGGUAUUCAUCCCAUCCGUAUAGCAGAUGGUUUUGACCGGGCCUGUACUGUUGCCUGCGAGAAACUCGACACCAUCUCAGAUCGCGUCGAGUUCUCACCUGAAAACAAAGAAAAUCUUCUGAAGACCGCGAUGACCAGUCUAGGCAGCAAAAUCGUGUCGAAGGAGUUGCAGCAGUUCGCUCAGAUCGCGGUCGAUGCUGUUCUAACAGUUGCAGACCUUGAACGUCGUGAUGUUCCCUUUGACCUCAUCAAGGUUGAUGGCAAAGUCGGUGGCUCCCUUGCUGACACGACAUUGAUCAAGGGCGUUCUCAUCGACAAGGAUAUGUCCCACUCACAAAUGCCCUCUUACGUGCGCGAUGCUCGCCUCGCAAUUCUCACCUGUCCCUUUGAGCCUCCACGACCCAAGACUAAGCAUAAGCUCGAAAUCACGUCCGUAGAGGAGUUUAAGCACCUCCGGGAUUAUGAAAAGGAGAAGUUCGAGGACAUGAUCAAGAUGGUGAAGGACACUGGAGCAAACUUGGUCAUUUGCCAGUGGGGUUUUGAUGAUGAAGCAAAUCAUUUAUUGAUGCAGAACGAGCUGCCUGCAGUUCGAUGGGUUGGUGGGCCAGAAAUUGAGCUGAUUGCCAUAGCUACACAAGGUCGAAUCGUCCCCCGAUUCGAGGAUCUUACAGCACAAAAACUUGGGAAGGCAGGUAUCGUGCGGGAGGUCACAUUCGGCACGACCCGCGAUAAGAUGCUCGUUAUUGAAGAGUGUGCCAACUCUCGUGCGGUCACAAUCUUUGUGCGCGGAAGCAAUAAAAUGAUCGUCGAUGAGGCAAAACGUGCCCUACACGAUGCUAUCUGCGCGGUCCGCAAUCUUGUCGUGGACAACCGCGUGGUCUACGGGGGUGGUGCUGCUGAUAUCAGUUGUUCCAUCGCCGUCUCGAAAGCUGCCGAUGAAAUUCCAUCCAUUGAGCAAUAUGCGAUGCGUUCUUUUGCAGCUGCUCUCGACGCGAUCCCCCUUGCACUUGCUGAGAACAGUGGUCUCUCGCCAAUAGAGACAUUGACAGAAGUCAAGAGUCGACAAGUCACAGAGAAGAAUUCCAGACUUGGAAUCGACUGUUCUGGAAGGGGAGAGAAUGACAUGAAGAAGCAGUUCGUGUAUGACCCUCUGAUUUCAAAGCGACAACAAUAUCUACUUGCCACCCAGUUGGUUCGAGCAGUCUUGAAAAUAGACGAUGUUAUCGUGGCAGGUGAAGCAGAAGAGUAG